GGCAAUCUUCUCAUCCAUUGUAUCCAAUGGACAAUCCAGGCUCUCCUAUUGUUUCCUGUGAGCAAUCUUGUCAUUCGUUUCAGUCCGUCCCCCUUCUAGUUAUAACCAGAAUAAGAAGCAAAUUAUUGUUCUGCAUUUUACAGAGAAGUUCAAGAGAAGGCGGCGGCAGGCAAAACUGAGGUGGCCAAAUGCACCAUUUCAGGCUCUAAGGGGGAUUCUAGCUCGGACUUCUUUGCAUUGAAAACUAACCAACCCAUAACUCUUCAAUGCAACAACAAGAACAUUCUCAUGAUAGCGGGACCCUCACUCUCCAACGUGACCUCCCCCUGCAGUCCUUUCUGCGCCGCCCGUUCUCUUGCGCAUGUGACCCCUCAAUUCAUACCCCUUGCUUGCGCUUCAAGCGUCUAAUCGGAACCGGAAGUGAUAUUGAACCGAAGCCUUGUUUCCCUCCGUCCAGACUCGUGGAGGCUGCAGAGCUGCUCAGGGGCUGAGCUCUUUGACCUCUGCGAUAUUCGAAGCCUGGUUUUUUUCCCCGCCCGAAGGAGUUUGCGGUGGCUUUUGUAAGUGCAGUUCAGCUCGGUGGCUCUCCCCCGCCUCCCGAAAAUGUAUAUGCUGGUUGAAGCCCAUUCAAACAAUAUUCUUCAUUUAAAGAGGUCACCUGGCAUAAGAUCUUGGUCUCUCCUUGUAGGAAUCUCUUCUGUGGGCUUGGCUGCUGCGUAUUACAGUGAAGAUAGUAUUGGAUGGAAACUCUUCUAUAUUGCUGGCUGCCUUUUUGUAGCAGUGCAAAAUCUUGAGGACUGGGAGGUAGCUGUAUUUGAAAAAGAUGCAGGAAAAGUUUUCUUGGAGACAUUUAACCUUUACAAAAAGUUACUGACCCUGUCAAAGGCUGGCCAUAAUCAAGUGGUCUUUCCUUUGGAUGAAAUCCGAGCCGUGAAUGUGCAGGAGGAAAAAAUACGUUAUUUUGGGAAAAGCUACUUAGUUGUCUUGAGAUUUGUCACGGGGCUUUCACAUCCUCUGACUCAGAGCGCCGUGAUGGGCUGUAGAAGUGAUGUAGAAGCUGUGGCCAAGCUCAUUGCUAGCUUUCUUGAGCUGAAUAGAGUGUCAAAUCAUCAAGAUCCUGAGAGCAGCAGUGAAACAGAUGGCAGUGACAUAGAUCACCCGAGGGACAAGCAUUAACACGAACUCUAAUGCACAAGAAGCAAGAGCUCUCUUCAUCCUAGAAGACUGAAUGUCUGUAUGUUCCCACGGAGUUCGGGCUUUGGUGUCUUCCAUAGAUUCAACUGGAAAUACAGAAAAAAUUAUAAUA